GUGAGUAUUUAAAACAUUAUAAGUAAAAUAAAGUUAGUGCUCGUAUAGAUUUAUUAACUCAAUAACAGCCUUAACACAAUGUCACAUAAUUCACCUGUAAUAAAAGCCAAGAGGAAGGCGAUCAGUUUAGAUACUAAAAUUAAAAUUUUAGAUCAACUUACAACAGGACAAGGAGCAACGGCUGUAGGAAAGCAUUUUGGUAUUCAUGAAGCUACCAUAAGAACGAUCAAGAAAAAUGAAACUGCGAUUAGAAAAUCGGUAUGUUCUGGAACGAAAAUAAGUGCUAAAUCAUCGUCAUACAUAAGAGAUGUUGUCAAAGAGAAGAUGGAAAAAGCUUUGGUAAUGUGGAUUGAAGAUAAAUCACAAAAAAGAAUACCAGUAGAUGGAAUUGCUAUCAAGCAAACUGCAUUAAGAAUUUAUAAACGUAUUAAAGAAGUUGAGCCAGGCACUUCAUCUCAGUCAAAACAACCCGAAUUUUCUGCAAGUACAGGUUGGAUGACAGGUUUUCUUAAACGACAUGCUCUCCAUAAUGUAAAAAUUAAGGGAGAAACUGCGUCUGCAGAUGAAUUGGCUGCCAAAAAAUUUCCUGAAAAACUUAGAAAAAUUAUUGAAGAUGGAGGAUACACCCCAGAUCAAGUUUGGAAUGUAGAUGAAAGUGGCCUCUUUUGGAAAAAAUGCCCAGCAGAACUUAUGUUGCAAAAUCGCAGAAAACUGCCGGUGGUUUAAAAGUAGCAAAGGACCGUGUAACAUUGUUGUUUUGUUCCAAUGCUUCAGGAGAACGUAUGUUAAAACCACUGCUAGUAAAUCGUGCUUAAAGACCACGCUCGAUGAAAAGUGUAGAUUUCAAUAAACUGCCAAUUCACUGGACAGCAAACAAAAAGGCAUGGAUGACCAGUGCAAUCUUUACAGAAUGGUUCCAGAAAUACUUCAUUUCAGAAGUUAGACGCUACAUGAAUGCAAAAUGUCUAGAAUUUAAAGUUCUUUUAAUUCUAGACAAUGCACCUUGCCAUCCGCUCUUGGAGCACCCAGAUGUGCAAUUUUGCUAUCAUCCGCCUAACACUACAUCCUUAAUACAACCGCUAGACCAAGGGAUCAUUGCUACUUUUAAAAAGUACUACAUAAAACGUUCAUUCCAAUACGUGGUAGACAAACUAGACCAUAAUGAGGAUU